AUGACACAAGAUACAGCCCUAGACAUGAAGGAUGUUGAGCUGAAUGAGAUUGACCCAGAGAAGCAACCUAUGGCUGCAGGGACGGAGGAUCCUCCAGUUGAAGAUGGCAAUGAAAAAAAUGGCGUUGUUAAAGUUAAACUGGCGGAUGAAGAUGAUAACAACAGCCGAGCCAAGAAAUUUACUGGCCUGUCCAAGGAAGAGCUUCUGAAAGUGGCUGACACCCCAGGGUGGGUGAGAGUCCGCUGGGCUCUUCUGAUCCUGUUCUGGCUAGGAUGGUUAGGAAUGCUGGCUGGGGCAGUCGUUAUCAUUGUCCAAGCUCCCCGCUGCCAUCCUUUACCUGUAUUGGAGUGGUGGAACAAGGGACCUCUUUAUCAGCUAGGAGACCCCAAGACCUUCCAGGAUUCAAAUGCUGAUGGAGUUGGUGAUAUCGCUGGUAUACAAGAGCGCCUGGAUUCCCUCGCCACCCUUAAAGUUAAAGGACUGGUGAUUGGACCCCUGCAUACUACUUCUGCAAACAAGCUUUCAGAUACCAAGCUUAAAGAAAUUGAUCCGAAAUAUGGCACAAUGGAUGAAUUUAAAAGUUUGUUAGAGGCAGCUCGUAAGAAGAGUAUUCAGAUUGUUUUGGAUCUCACUCCAAACUACCGUGGCACCAAUGUUUGGUUUCAUUACAAUGUGAAAUCACCAGAUAGUGAAUUGCUGAACCAAAUUAAGGAAGCCAUGAACUUCUGGCUCGAUUUUGGCAUUGGAGGAAUUCAUUUCAAUGGGAUUGAGAACAUAGAUAAUCCAGGUGAGGUUCUUGAAGAACUGAGGAACAUUACUACCAACCACAGCUCAGAUGGGAAAGCAAGGGUGCUGCUUGCCUCAGCUAAUGACCCUCACAAUGACAACGUUCUAACAAUUCUUAAUGACACUGCCAGCGGCAUGUUAACUGCACGUUACCUGAUCCACAAGGACAACUCCAGUGAAAACUCUCUAGGAGAUCGCAUCAAGCAGUACCAACAAGUUGCCAGUGAACAGGACAGGAUCCUCUGGGCGGUCAGACCACGGUUGGGACACAUGGCCUCUGCGGUGCACGAGAACUUGCUACGUGUUUACCAGCUACUGCUUUUCACUCUUCAAGGCACACCUCUUACUUUGUAUGGGGAUGAAAUUGGACUCAAAGACUUACCUGGGCAGCCUGCAGCCAGUUCUCCUUACAUGCAGUGGGAUGAUAGCACAAACCAUGGAUUUUCUAAAGGAUUACCAGAAAAGAGCUCAAAUGUCAAUGAGAACAUCACAUUUAAGGGACAAGAGGACAACAAGGAUUCAAUCCUCAGUGUGUACAAACGUUUGAGUGAGCUGCGUGGAAAAGAGCGAUCACUUCUACAUGGAGCUUUCACACUACUUCAUCAAUGUGACAAAUCACUAGCAUAUGAGCGCAGUUGGGACCAAAAUGAAAGAUUUGUGUCCAUAUUAAACUUUGACCCAGAUGAGGAGAUAAGUGUGACCAUAAAGCACAAAAACCUACCAGAGCAGUGUACGGUGGUGCUGAGCUCAAAUUCAGAGAGGAAGGAGGGUAGUAGUAUCCCAAUAAAGAAUCUGAAGUUAGUGCCAGGAGAGGCUCUGAUGCUCAAGUACCCCUACAGCAGUUAA